UUUCGGCUUCUCCUCUUGGCUCUUUCUAUUACAGUCUUUCCGCCGCAGGGCAAUAAACCCUUUCUUCCCUACAGAAUAAACCCUUCAUCUCCUCUACAAGAGAGAACUCUAUUAUGAUGCUCAGUUGCGAUUGAUUACCCUUUCCCGAUUUUCCCUGCGCCCUAGUGACAGCUCCAGUAACAGCAACAUCAGUAUGGCGCACGUUAUCGAGGGCACCACGGAAUUUGUUGAAGCUGUUAAAUUCAGUUUCUUCACUGAUGAAGAGGUUAGGAAGUAUAGUUUUAAGAAGAUUACAAGUCCCCUCAUGCUCGACAGUGUGCAGAGACCAGUACCCGGUGGACUGUAUGAUCCAGCAUUGGGGCCGAUAGACGAAAACACACCUUGUCAAUCAUGUGGCCAGCGUUCAUUUUAUUGCCCAGGUCAUUGUGGUCAUAUUGACCUUGUUUCAUCAGUCUACAAUCCCUUAUUAUUUAAUCUGCUUCACAAUCUUCUACAAAAAACUUGUUUCUUCUGCCAUCACUUCAAGACAAGCAGCAGCCUGGUCCAAAAAUAUGUUUCUCAAUUGGAACUCAUAAGCAAGGGUGAUGUUGUUGGGGCCAAAAAUUUGGAUUCAAUCUCACCAAGUCAAUCUUCAUAUCCUGAAGACAGUGAUGGGAGUCAUGUAUCAUGUUCUUCUACAGUUAAUUCAAGUGCACGAGAUAAUUGCUCUGAGCAUUUGAAGCAGCAAGAAUGGACCUCUCUUCAGUGCAUUGAAGCAAUGUCUGUUAUGGAUAAUUUUCUGAAGCUGAAACAUAGAGAUUGUAAAAAUUGCAAAGCCAAGAGUCCUCAAGUCACCAAGCCUACUUUUGGAUGGUUUCACAUGGCUGGCUUGUCGGAUGCACAGACUAGAGCUAAUGUUAUUAGGGGCAGCAAGCUGGAAAGGCCAUUAAGUAGGGUUGCAGAGGAGAAAUCUUCAUCUGAGGUAGAGAAUGUUAAUGAUAUGUUUCCUUGGGGAGAUGAUGUUGACACAGAUGAAACACAUUCAUCUAUAGCACCCACUGAUGGAAUUCAAGAUACUGUGACCAAAAAGCUUGAAAGGAAAGGGGCACAAGCGCCUAUUGAAUUCAUUAAGCAAAAGAGUUUCUUUUCAGGUCCUCUGUUACCAUCUGAGGUUAGAGAUAUUAUGGAACGUUUGUGGGAAAAUGAAGCUGAAUUCUGCUCGUUUAUCAGUGAUAUUCUACAGGAACGUCUUGGUGCAUCAGGAAAUAAAGCAGGUUACUCUAUGUUUUUUCUGGAGACCAUUCUUGUACCCCCAAUCAAAUUCCGCCCACCUUCCAAAGGACAAAUUUCUGUGAUGGAGCAUCCCCAAACUGUUUUAUUAGGUAAGGUGUUGCAGGCCAAUAUAGCUUUGGGAAAUGCUCAUGCUAACAACUCAGAACGUUCAAAGAUUAUUAGUAGGUGGAUGGAUCUUCAGCAAUCUAUUAAUGUCUUGUUCGACGGCAAAACUGCUGCAGGUCAAGGUCAAAGAGAUACUGGUUCUGGAAUAUGUCAGUUGCUGGAGAAAAAGGAGGGUGUGUUCCGCCAGAAAAUGAUGGGAAAGAGGGUUAAUUUUGCUUGCCGGUCUGUCAUAUCCCCAGAUCCUUAUUUAGCUGUUAAUGAAAUUGGGAUUCCUCCAUAUUUUGCAUUGAGAUUGACAUAUCCUGAGAAAGUAACUCCUUGGAAUGUUGUGAAGUUGAGGGAUGCUAUUAUUAAUGGUCCUGAAAUCCAUCCCGGAGCUACACACUAUGUUGACAAAUUGUCUACUGUGAAACUGGCGGUAAACAAAAAAAUGCGAAUUUCAAUUUCGAGGAAACUGCCUUCCUCAAGAGGCGUUGUUGCACAACCUGGGAGGAGUUCUGAUAAUGAAUUUGAAGGCAAAAUUGUAUAUCGCCACUUACAGGAUGGAGAUAUUGUGCUUGUCAAUCGACAGCCUACACUUCAUAAGCCAAGUAUAAUGGCACAUGUAGUUCGUGUAUUGAAAGGGGAGAAAACACUUCGCAUGCACUAUGCAAAUUGCAGUACCUACAAUGCUGAUUUUGAUGGUGAUGAGAUGAAUGUCCAUUUCCCACAAGAUGAAAUUUCUCGUGCAGAAGCAUACAAUAUUGUAAACGCAAAUAAUCAAUACAUUGUUCCAUCCCGUGGUGAUCCUAUAAGAGGCCUGAUUCAGGAUCACAUUGUAUCUGCUGUACUUCUUACAAAGAAGGAUACCUUUUUAACUCGUGAGCAGUAUAAUCAGCUUCUCUACAGUUCUGGUCUGUCUUCUGGGUCUGGUUCUUUCGUUGGCAAACCUGGCAAAAAAGUUUCUGUUUUAGAUUCCGAAGAUGAGAUGCAGCCCCUUCUGCCUGCAAUAUGGAAACCUGAGCCUCUUUGGUCUGGAAAACAGGUUAUAACUGCAGUGCUAAAUCAUAUAACUAGGGGUCGGAAGCCAUUUACAACUGAGAAAGAUGGGAAGAUCCCACGUGAAUAUUUUGGAAGUGAGAUAGAUGAAAAGAAAUCCGGCAAAGGAAAAGAUCCUGGUUCUGACAGAAGAAAAGAAAAACGAAUAGAAAAAAAACAUGGUGAAUAUAAAUUGUUAAUUCAUAAAAACGAGUUGGUGCGUGGUGUGAUCGACAAGGCACAGUUCGACAAAUAUGGUUUGGUUCAUAUGGUGCAGGAGCUCUAUGGCUCAAACACCGCAGGCAUUUUGCUUUCUGUGUUGAGCCGCUUAUUUACUGUUUUUUUGCAGAUGCAUGGGUUCACGUGUGGAGUAGAUGACCUUUUGAUAUCACCAAAUUAUGACAUUGCAAGGAAGAUUGAACUUGACAAAAGUGAAAAUAUUGGUGAAUUAGUGCAUUGCAAGUUCAUUGGGUCUAAUCAUGGAAAAAUAGAUCCGGUGAAACUGCAAGUGGAAGUUGAAAAAAUUAUACUCAGUAAUGGAGAAGCUGCCAUAACACGUUUGGAUAGGAUGAUGAAAAAUGAGCUUAAUGAAUUAACCUCCAAGGUCAACAAAGACUUGUUGCUGAAAGGAUUAGUAAAACCCUUCCCAAAGAAUUGCCUCUCUCUUAUGACCACUACUGGGGCUAAGGGUAGCACGGUUAAUUUCUCGCAAAUAUCUUCUUUUCUGGGUCAACAAGAUUUAGAAGGCAAACGAGUCCCUCGAAUGGUUUCUGGGAAGACGUUACCCUGUUUUCCUCCAUGGGAUUGUGCAGCUCGAGCUGGAGGCUUUAUCAGUGAUCGCUUUCUUACUGGUCUUCAUCCUCAAGAAUAUUACUUCCAUUGCAUGGCUGGUCGUGAAGGGUUAGUUGAUACAGCUGUAAAAACAUCUCGUAGUGGAUACCUGCAAAGGUGCCUAAUAAAAAAUCUUGAGUGCCUUAAGGUCUGUUAUGAUUAUACUGUCCGCGAUUCAGAUGGCUCCAUUGUUCAAUUUAAUUAUGGAGAUGAUGGUGUGGACGUCCAUCAAACCAGCUUUAUCACAGAAUUUGAAGCGUUGGCAGUGAAUCAAGAAGUUGUUUGUGAAAAAUUUGGUCAAGAUGGAAAAUUCAAUGGUUAUAUUCAGAAGUUGCCUAAGGAACUUAGAAAGAAAACAAAAAAAUUCAUUGAAGGUUUUAUGGAGGAGCGGCAAGAUUUUGAUAAUAUGAAGAAGCAAAAAGACUUUGUGAACUUGGUGAAGCAGAAAUACAUCUCGAGUCUUGCACAGCCAGGAGAACCAGUUGGUGUGCUCGCUGCUCAGUCAGUCGGAGAACCAUCAACACAGAUGACACUGAACACAUUCCAUCUUGCUGGCCGAGGAGAAGUAAAUGUGACACUUGGAAUCCCACGUCUACAAGAGAUCUUGAUGACUGCUGCAAAUGAUAUUAAAACUCCGAUUAUGACUUGCCCUCUUCAAAUGGGAAGGUCAAAGGAUGAUGCUGAGCGUCUUGCUGCAAAAUUAAAGAAGGUUACUGUGGCAGACAUAACUGAGAGCAUGGAAGUAAGCAUUGUGCCAUUCACAGUUCAAGAUCACCAAACCUGCAGUAUUUAUAAGCUUAAGAUGAAGCUCUAUGAACCUGCACUCUACCCUCCACACACUGGUAUAUCUUUGGAAGACUGUGAGGAAACUCUGGAAGCUGUGUUUGUGAGGGAAUUGGAGGAUGCAAUACAGAAUCAUCUCCUUUUGCUCUCCAAAAUCAGCGGCAUAAAAAAUUUCUUGCCAGAUUCACGAUCUAUGGCCUCAAAAGAGACAGAUGAGGAUGCUUCUGGUGAUGGGUCGACAGGUGGAAAUGGUGACGAGGAUGCUGAUGGUGAGGAUGAUGGAGGGGCUGAAGAUCUAGGUUUGGAUGCACAGAAAAGAAAACAGCAAGCUUCAGAUGAGAUGGAUUAUGGAGAUUCUGAAGGUGAACCUGAUGAAGGGGAACCAUCAGCUGGACUUACAGAAGAAAUUGAUCUUGUGGAGGACGAAGUUGAAAUUAGUAAUAAUGAAGAAGUUGGGAUAUCUGAUCCUAAAGAUGAAGAUUCCAAGGUGCCCUCUAAGUCUAAAUCAUCAAAAAACAAAAAGGCUAAAACAGAAGCCAAAAGAAAGAAGCGGUUCAGAGCAAUUAAAAAGGAUUUUGAUCGAGCAAUCUUGGUGAAAGCUAAGGGAACAUAUUUUGAGGUCCACUUCAGAUUUACCAAUGAACCUCAUAUUUUACUUGCUCAGAUUGCUCAGAAGGCUGCAAAUAAAGUCUACAUCAGAAGUUCGGGGAAGAUUGAUCUGUGCCAAGUGAUUGACUGCAACAAAGACCAAGUAAUCUACUAUGGAAGAGAUCCCAAAAAGAGGGAAAAUAUUCCAGGAGAGGAGAAGAAGAAACUCCCAGCGUUGCAGACAGCCGGUGUGGAUUUCACUGCAUUUUGGAAAAUGCAAGAUGAGCUUGAUGUGAGGUAUGUAUAUUCCAACAAUGUCCAUGCUAUGCUGAAUACUUUUGGGGUAGAAGCAGCCAGAGCAACCAUAAUAAAAGAGGUGUUCAACGUCUUCAAUGCCUAUGGGGUUAAAGUUAACAUCCGCCACCUGUCCCUGAUCGCCGACUUCAUGACCCAUUCUGGUGGGUACCGGCCAAUGAACAGACACGGGGGCAUAGCUGAGUCAGUAUCACCAUUCAGCAAGAUGACUUUUGAAACAGCUUCCAAAUUCAUCGUGGAAGCAGCAUCUCAUGGCAUGACGGACAACUUGGAGUCUGCAUCUGCUCGGAUUUGCCUCGGUCUGCCGGUGAAAAUGGGUACAGGAUGUUUUGACUUGAUGCAGAAAAUAGAAAUUUGAUGUACAGAAAAGCUAAACCUAAAGCUCAACCCAUCUGUAUUCGUUUUUUUGUUCUAUUCUGGUUUAUUUGGGCAUGCUUUUUUGCUGCUUCUGUUGGUGUAGGGGGAGGCAUGCUCAACAAAUUUUGGAAGACGAAGGUUUCUAUUAAUGAUUUUUUUUUUCUAAAAUCACAUUUUUGGUAUCAGAAUUUUUUUAACUCGA